CAGUGCUCAGCUGUCUGUUGUUUGAAAAAACUCGUGCAGAAGAGAAGACGUAAAAUAAAAAUAUUGAGAAUUUGUAAGAAUAAACAAAAACGUGUAGCAUGUGUGAUGGAUCCGGCAAAUGUUGCAAUCAACUGGAAGCAGAAGCUAUACAUAAUAAUGAACAGCUGUUGGGGUUUGAUUUGCGCAGCAAAGACAUAACAUGGAGGGAGUAUAUUACACCUUUGCAACCACGUGCCGCUCCAGUCUACUUACAAAGACAAUUUCAAUUGAUUAGCAAUUAUAGAGAACCCAUCGGUAGUCAUAAUCGACGAGAAGUUUUAGUAUGCCAUGAUAUGAUGGGUAACUACUUGGAAGACAGACAUUAUCAUUCAUCUAAAAAAUAUGAUGACUAUCGAUUUUAUCACUGGAGUGGGAUUGAUUAUUUCUGCUACUUUAGUCAUUCCUACAUUAGUAUACCACCUUGCGGUUGGAUUAAUGCUGCACACAAACAUGGAGUCAAAGUGCUUGGUACGUUCAUAACCGAAGGCGGCAAUACCAAACUACUCCAUGAAGUGCUGCAAUCCAGGGAAAUGGUAAACAACGUCGUAACUGCCAUGGUGAAGUUGUGCAAACAUUUCGGCUUCGAAGGUUGGUUUGUCAAUGUGGAAUGCAAAGUAAACGCGGAUGCAAUGGAGAAUUUAUACUUCUUUGUGGAACGUUUGCGUACGGUCAUUCAAGAGCAAGUCGAUUAUGGCGUCGUCUUUUGGUAUGACAGCAUCAUAGACACUGGCGAAUUGGCAUGGCAGAACGAGAUCAAUGCCAAAAAUGUGCGUUUCUUUAAGUCAACUGGUACAAUGCUUAUAAAUUACACGUGGAACGAUAAAAGCCUCGAAACGACACUGAACACUUGUGCACAAGAGCAAAUGCAUAAGCAGCAUGCUUUUUUUGGCAUAGAUGUCUUUGGACGUGGUCAAACUGCCAAGUUUCAAAGUAAACAAACUUUGGCUCGCAUCGUAAAACAUCGUUUCUCUACUGGAAUAUUUGCACCCGGCUGGACAUACGAGACACUGCAGACUUUUGGCUUCAAUAUUAAACAGCCACUUGGCGAUGAUGCUGUGAACACAUCCUUUUUAUUACGAAAUGAAAAAUUUUGGUGGACACUUUGGGAACAUUUUGCUACACAUCCAUAUAGUCGAUUACCUUUCUACACAGAUUUUUGUUUAGGUUCUGGCAAACAGACAUACUCAUGUGGUUUGGUGAAAGAUGAAGCCGAUGUGAAGGAAAAUUGCUUCUUCAAUUUGUCACGUCAAUCGGUACAACCUUCGGUGCCAUUAUAUCAACUAGCAGAACGCUAUUAUGAUGAUGCGUUUAAUGGUGGUUCAUGCUUGCGUAUAGUGCAGUUCGAUCAAAGUUUUCGUUUAUUUGCUACUGAUUUUCAGUUAAACAGAGGUGGUCUGGUGUGUGCUUAUGCUUUCAAAUUAAAACCUGAAAACGGAAACUUGGAUUUGAUAAUACGUUUUUGCGCUGCCAAUAAUGCGCGUGAUUGUUACCUGUUCUUGGGUGACUAUUAUGACACAACCAAUUUGCAGAGAGGUCGUUGCUAUAUGUCACCCUUCAAACCACAAUAUAAUGUACAUUUAAAUAAUGCAAUGGAAACUUCAAAAAUACCAAAAGAUAUGGCAUUUCCAGACUUCGCAACAAAUGGUUGGCAUGUACGCUACUACGUGGCCUAUUUCAAUGGUUCAGUACAAAUAAAAGAUAUUGGCGUUCUAUACCGUAAAGAUGAAAAUGCUACGGACAGUGCUUACUUGGGUGCUGUGUAUUUAAACGAAUUCGAGAGUAAUACCUAUGCACCAUAUAUUCCCACUGAUAGCAAUGCUGCGCAUAUCGAGGUCUACGGUGGAGAUUUGCUGAAUUGAUAUGAAGCGUGUGUGAUAACUGAGUGGGCGUUUGAAAUGAAAAAAAUAAAAUGCAUUCAAAUAUGCAUUUUUCUCUUUGUACGGAUGAAAUAAAAAUUAUUUGAAUAAAUAAUUUGACCUAUAUUUGCAUUUUACAAGUUUUUGAUUACGAUUGAUAAGUCAUUCCAAUGUAUUUCAUUUAGAUUACAGUGUACAAAUAUCCUAUUUACAAUUUUUCAAUUUUUUAUCUUUUAGUUUAAU